AAAAGGCUUCGACCUUCCGUCUCUCUUUUUCCCUGGUUUCCAGGAGACUUUACAUAUCUGACAUUCAAUAUGCCUGUCGUAAAUCCCGAACAACUGGUUGCGCUGCAGCGAAAUCCAGAAGGCAUCAGAAAUAUUUGCAUCUUAGCACACGUUGACCAUGGAAAAACAUCCCUCACAGACGCACUUAUUGCCACGAACGGCAUCAUCUCCCCAAAGCUGGCAGGCAAAAUAAGAUACCUCGAUUCCCGACCAGAUGAACAGACUCGAGGCAUUACAAUGGAAUCAUCCGCCAUUUCGUUAUACUUCUCUAUGCUACGAAGAUCUGCGCCAGAUGCCACGCCCGAACAAAAAGAAUACCUCAUAAAUUUGAUAGACUCACCAGGACAUAUCGAUUUCAGCAGCGAAGUGUCGACUGCAUCCCGGCUAUGCGAUGGUGCUGUUAUCCUAGUGGAUGCGGUUGAGGGUGUGUGCAGUCAGACUGUAACAGUCCUUCGUCAGGCAUGGGUAGAACAUAUGAAGCCUUUACUGGUCAUCAAUAAAAUGGACCGUCUCGUCACAGAGCUGAAGAUGACACCGGGCGAGGCCUAUACCCACUUGAGCAAAUUACUAGAACAAGUCAACGCUGUCCUCGGAAGCUUUUUCCAAGGUGAGAGAAUGGAAGAAGAUCUGAACUGGAGAGAAAGAAUGGAUGAGAGAAUUGCUGCAGCUGCAGCCAAGGAACAAGAACGAGCACAAAAGGAUGAUAUUAAUGGAGCAAACGGCACUUCGAUAGACACGGAGAGCAUGAUUUCUUCGAACAAUGAAUACGAAGAAAGAGAUGACGAAGACAUCUAUUUCGCACCGGAGAAAAACAAUGUUAUUUUCAGUAGUGCCAUCGAUGGAUGGGCAUUUACUGUCCGACAAUUUGCUAGUCUUUACGAGAAAAAGCUAGGAAUCAAACGAACUGCAAUGGAAAAAGUACUAUGGGGAGACUUCUACUUAGAUCCGAAGACGAAAAAGGUCUUGGCUCAAAAGCAUCUGAAAGGACGAAAUCUAAAGCCGAUGUUUGUUCAACUAGUGCUUGACCAGAUCUGGGCUGUAUAUCAAGCUACGACAGGCGGUGACAAUGGGAAGGGUGACCCUGUCCUCACGGAAAAGAUAACCAAAAGCUUGAAUAUUACUCUUCCGUCACAUAUCACACGAUCUCGAGACCCUCGAGCUAUUCUCACAACACUAUUCAGCUCUUGGUUACCAUUAUCUACAGCACUUUUAGUCUCGGUUAUCGAAUCUCUACCGUCACCACCUGCAGCCCAAGAAAGCAGACUUCCAGCCCUCAUUGAUGCUUCGCCUGGUUUUACGCAUGUAGAUCCCGUCCUCAGGGAUGCUAUGAUUAAUUUCAAGACCUCAAAGGCUGCCCCAAUCGUUGCGUACAUCAGCAAGAUGGUUUCCAUACCAGAGAGCGAAUUACCAGAGAACAAACGUCGAGGAGGAGCUUUAAGUCCAGAAGAAGCCAGGGAAAUGGGUCGUCGAAAACGUGCUGAAAUCGCAAGAGCCCGAGCUCUAGAGGAUGGUGGAACACCUGAUCCUCUUGACAAUCUCACUGAAGCAAUCGGAGGAACUAGCCUAGAAGUCCCAGCUGAGGAAGAACAGACACCCAAUCGAGAACAUCUUAUUGGAUUUGCCAGAAUCUACUCUGGUACACUGUCAGUGGGAGACUCGGUUUACGUUAUCCCUCCGAAGUUCACACCUGCGAACCCUCAUCAAAGUCCAGAGCCGCAAAAAGUCACCGUCACGGCUCUGUACCUUCUGAUGGGUAGAGGCCUUGAACCUCUUACUUCUGUCCCUGCCGGCGUUGUUUUUGGUAUUGGUGGUUUAGAGGGUCACGUACUGAAGUCUGGCACGAUAUGCAGUCAACUUGAAGGGAGUGUCAACCUCGCAGGUGUUAACAUGGGCUCUCAGCCUAUAGUUCGAGUCGCUUUGGAACCUGAAAAUCCUGCUGAUCUCGAAAAGAUGAUUCAGGGCCUGAAACUCCUCGUUCAGAGUGAUCCUUGUGCCGAGUACGAACAAUUUCAAAGUGGAGAGCACGUACUUUUGACCGCUGGUGAACUACAUCUUGAACGCUGUUUGAUAGACUUACGAGAGCGGUUCGCCAGGUGUGAGAUCCAGGCUGGUGAGCCGAUUGUACCUUACAGGGAGACAAUAGUUAGAGCAGAAGAGAUGAAACCGCCUGCAAGUAAAGAGCUCGGCAGAGGCACAGUUAUUGCUUCCACAACCUCAAAGCAAGUCACCGUCAAGAUCAAUAUCCGACCAUUGCCAGCCGAAGUCACAGAGUUCCUAGCGAAGAACUCAGCAGCCAUACGGCGAUUAUAUGCGGACCGACAGGCAGCAGAGAAGGGCGCUCAAUCAAAUGGUACAGUCGAGAAGGAAGAUGUUGACGAGGACGGUUUAGUAGACAGUACCAAGGUCUUGUCCUUACCAGAGUUCAAGAAGCAGCUUCAAGCCGCUUUCGACAGUGUUAAAGGCCAAAGAGAAAUUUGGGCAAACACUGUGGAGCAAAUAACUGCUUUUGGGCCUAGAAGAACAGGGCCAAAUCUGCUGAUUGACAGGACGGAUGAUGCAAUCUGUGGCAAGUUCCUUCGAGAUAAUCCAUCGGAUGAAAAGGAGCAAACAGUAGGCGAGACUCUUCAAGCACGGGAUUUCUCAGACAAGAUCAGCUAUGCAUUCCAACUUGCCACCGCACAAGGACCACUAUGCAAUGAACCUGUUCAAGGUAUUGCCGUCUUCCUUGAAGAGGUGACAGUUACACAGACAGACGAGGAGUCUUCUACGAGAGAUAAUCUCGGUCGCCUCACAGGAGAAGUGAUCAAGACGGUACAACAAGCAAUUAAGCAAGGCUUUCUGGACUGGAGUCCGAGACUGCUACUCGCCAUGUACUCAUGUGAAAUCCAAGCAAGCACUGAAGUCCUUGGUCGCGUCUACGAUGUCCUCACCCGACGUCGCGGUCGAGUCCUCUCCGAAGCCAUGAAAGAAGGUACCCCGUUCUUCACCAUCCAAUCACUUCUCCCCGUGGCGGAGUCCUUCGGCUUCAGUGACGAGAUCCGAAAGCGUACAUCAGGAGCCGCCUCUCCGCAACUCAUCUUCCAGGGUUAUGAAAUCUUGGAUGAAGAUCCGUUCUGGGUUCCAUUCACGGAAGAUGAUUUGGAAGAUCUGGGAGAGUUGGCUGAUAAGGAAAAUGUAGCAAAGAGAUAUAUGGAUGGUGUGAGGAAGAGGAAAGGCUUGAUGGUUCAAGGAAGGAAGUUGGUGAAGGAUGCCGAGAAGCAGAAGACCCUGAAGAGGUGAUUUAGUUCGGUGUAGUUACUGUGCACACUAGCGGAGUUGAUUGUAGAUGAAUACCACUUGGUGUGUUAGGGAUAUCAAAAAGCAUUUGUCUUAGCUUUGAGAUGAAUUGCGACAUAAGUUGAUUUCAAGG